ACGCCCCUUCACGAGUAUCGUCUGUCAUAUCAUCUCCGGAAGCAAUUACAUUUGGAGUGGAGGAUCACGGAAGCUCAGGUGUGCAAUCAGAGGCGCUAAUCGCAUUGCAGAUCUGCUGGAGAUUCUUGGGAGCAGAGCAGGCGCAUGUAGUUGUACUAGUCUAGCAGUUAAAGCAAAGCCUGGUCAGUGUGCAGUGGACAUUAAUCCAUUGGUCCAUCUGAUCCGGCCGGCCAGUGAAUGAAACACACAGAGACACAGGUAGUAGUACCAGGUACAUCUCCGUUUCAUUUCAUUCAAUCGUCUCUGCCUGAUCCGGCUUCCGGCCAGUCCAGUGCUUCGCAACCAUGCCCAAACUUCCAUCCAAGCAUCAUCGGUGUUGCUGCAUCAGGUCUUGGUCGCGGGCUGCCUUUUGCCUUGGUCUUCGCGGCUCUGGGAUUCUUCUAGCCGCUGCUCCUUUCUCUUGCGCCUUUUGAUGUCAUCUUCCACACAGUUUGUUCUUUCUUCUUCUUUUGCCAUCCCCACCUCUCAAAUUUCAGGAGUACUUUAGUUCAGAACUUCAGAGUUCAAACAGCCACCGACUUUCAAAGUUUCUUUACGCCUCGAGACAAAAUCAUAGGAGGGGGUACAAUUAAUUCUAUGUUUGUAUACCAAAAGUUGGGCAUUUUUUUAGUCCUACCGACUUCCCUGUCGCCUUGGGUUCUUGAAGCUCGAGCAGGUCUGCCGUCGCACCGCCAAGGGCAUUGUUGGAUUCUUGAAGGCUACUGGAAAAGGAGGACGAAAUUACUAGUAUGAAGUUCUUGCCAGGGAGAUUUCCAUCUUAUUGAUUUGCUUGUUAACCAUGGAAGGGCAGCGAAAGGUUCCAUUCUACCAAGAUGUGCCCAAAGACAUCCCCAUCGCCACAGCGUCCCUCAGCAUCAAGACGACCGGUGCCGGAUGCCGCCGCGGCUCCGACUGGUCGAACCCCGCCUCGCCCUACCUCAACUCGCCGUCGCCGCCGUCUUCCGCGUUCGUCUCGGCUCUGCAGUCUCCCUACAUCUCCCCUCGAGUCACCGAGCCGCCGCCGCCGCAUCAAGAAACAAAGGUCUCCAAUGCCGCCGCCGCCACCACUACCGUGCCUCCGCCGGCGUCCUGCACCAGCGGGUUCCUCUCGGAGGACACCGACGCCCCAAGCGCCUCCCGCACGCCCCCAUCGGAGCGCUACGACUCUCGGGGCACCGACCUCCGCAGGUCUUCCGAUGGUGGCGACGCGCCGGCGGCGGCGCAGCGCGUGUCGUUCUCCUUCUCCAUGCCGCGCGUCUCGCUCACACGUGGCGCCGUCGCGUCGCCCAUGUCCAAGUCCAACAACAAGCUCCGGAGCUGCGACGUGUACAUUGGUUUCCAUGGCGAAGGGAUCCCUCUCACGAGAUUCUGCAAGUGGCUCAAGUCAGAGCUCGAGCUGCAAGGCAUUGCUGCUUUCAUGGCCGACCGCGCUAGGUACUCCGGCGCACACAGCCAUGAGGUUGCAGACCGUAUCAUCUGUUCAGUGUCUUUCGGCAUCGUGGUUGUCACCUUUUCUAGCUUCCUCAAUCCGUUCGUCCUCGAGGAGAUCCGGUUCUUUGCUCAGAAGAGGAACUUGGUGCCAAUCUUGUUCCACACCCGAGUGUCAGACAUCGCCGGGCUGUUUGACAGCAAGCCGGAAGACAGGGAGGGGAUGGAAGCGUUGGAGGGGCUAAUGCGCUGCCAUGAGUUGAAGCUUGAGACAGACGAGAGCACCUGGAGGAGCUCUGUUUCAAGAGUAGUUGCCAUGCUGCAAUUGAAGCUUGGUCGAGGGACAAUUGGUGAAAAAGAGGGCGAAGGGAUUGAGGGGUUGCCUUUUCCGCGGAAUAGGCAUUUUAUUGGUAGGGAGAACGAGCUUGCGGAGAUCGAAGGAAUGUUAUUCGGGUGCACAGGCGAUGCCGAAGAUGCGGUGUGCCAGAGUGGCACCAUGCCAAAUUGUGGAUCCAGUGGCGUGUCAGAUGGAUUUGCUGAUGAGGAGAGUGACACGGUGAGGACAUCUAAUGGCUGCAAGAAGCCUAUGUUGGAGGCAUUUGUUGAUCCAGCGAUUCAGUUUUCGUCAGCGAAAGUGCGAAGCCUUCAGAAGCAGAGACCAAAGCACAUGAAGUCAAGAUUCAGGUGCAACAGCAAGGAUCAUGGCAAUGGCAAUAUGAUCUGCAUCAAUGGCAUUUCAGGCAUUGGCAAGACAGAGCUGGCAUUGGAGUUUGCAUACCGGUACUCACAGCGGUACAAGAUGGUGUUGUGGAUUGGAGGGGAGGCCAAGUACAUGAGGCAGAAUAUACUGAAUUUGUCGAGGUAUUUGGGGCUGGAUAUCAGCACUGAGACUGAGAAGGAGCAUGGCAGGAUCAGGAGCUUUGAGGAGCAAGAGUUGGAUGCUUUUCAAAGGGUGAAGAGAGAGCUUUUCAGGGAUGUGCCUUACUUGCUUAUCAUUGAUAACCUCGAGAGUGAGAGGGAUUGGUGGGAAGGGAAGGACCUGCAAGACUUCUUACCUAGGAACACUGGAGCAAGCCAUGUCAUCGUGACAACACGGCUCGCGGUAGUGAUGAACCUUGCACCAAUGCAUCUUCCGAAGCUCUCAUUUCAUGAUGCUAUGAUCCUGAUAAAAGGUAAAACGAAGGAGGACUACCCUCCUGAGGAAAUAGAAGUUCUGAGAAAAUUCGAUGAGCAGCUGGGACGACUGAACUUUGGGCUGUGGCUUGUUGGUUCACUGUUAUCUGAGUUAAUGAUUGCUCCGGGUAUUCUGUUUGAGGCAGUUGAGCGGGUAUCACUGAAUGAUAACAUGAUCGUGCUCAGUUCCGGUGAUGACAACUUAUGGCAGAACAAUUUGUUCCUAAUUAAGCUAUUAGUGUUCUGCUUCGCAUUGAUGGACCAGGUGAAAGGAGGCUGCCUUGCCUUGAAGAUGAUAACAGUGGGCUCGUGGUUAGCUCCAUCUCCUACCUCAUCAACUCUGCUAGCUGCCAUGGCCAGCAAGCUGCCAACAAAAGCCAAUAGCAUUCAGUUGUGGAGUGAAUCCCUUAAGACCGCACUCUUGUGCGGCACACACUGCUUUCUACCACCGCAGGCAAGGAAAGCUGAGGUGGAGUCAGCACACCUACUAGUAAAACUUGGCUUGGCACGAAAAACAACUCAGCCAGGUUGCUGGAUCCAGUUUCAUCCAAUCAUUCAACUGUUUGGCAAGAUCAGUGGUGGUUUGGCGCCUGCAACUGCAGCAGUAUCUGGUGUCAUAAGGACUGGCAAUAUGUCUAUGUACACUGACCACAUGUGGGCUAGUGCAUUCCUUCUGUUUGGCUUCAAAUCAGAUCCACCCGUGGUUCAACUUAAGGCGGUCGACUUGGUGCUCUUCAUCAAGAAGAUAGCACUGCCCCUAGCAAUCCAAGCAUUCAUGACAUUCUCACGCUGCAGUUCGGCAUUGGAGUUGCUCAAGGUGUGCACCAACAUCCUUGAGGACACAGAGAAGUCAAUCGCAUCGCGGAUUCAGGACCAGAAGCAGGGAUCACUGUGCUGGAAGAAGAAACUGCAGACAAACAACCAUGUUGACGAGUUCAUCUGGCAUGAGAUGGCACUGCUGAAAGCAACGCUGCACGAGACAAGGGCGAAGCUACUGAUGCGAGGUGGGCUAUUCGACAGUGCUGAGGAGCUGUGCAGAACCUGCAUCAGCAUCAGGACGGUCAUGCUUGGCCAUGACCAUGCCCAGACAAUGGCGGCUCAGGAGACGCUUGCAAAGGUGGUUAGAUACAGGAGUAAAAUCUGAGACGUUGCAGAUAGCGUGAGCUGUUUGAUAUCAGUAUCCAGAUUUUGUUUUUGCUUCUUUUUGCAGUGUCAGUAAUUCAGUACUCAGCAAGUGAGCAUUCCUGAUCAAUUUCUGAUGGCGACACAUUUUUGUUAGAUCACAAAGUUAGCUAGUCUGUUGACAACAUGUGUUAAGUUAACAAUUUAACGCACCAACUAGCUAUGUGCAGUUCAGUCUCCUAAAGUCAACUACUGAAUUUCUAGAUGAAAUUUGAGGGAGUAAUAUAGUAGAGUUCUCUGAUGACUUGUGUCUGAAACAUUUCUUUGAUUUAUUUGAUGACUCAUGUAGCAUAUGAGCUAGCAAGCACUGCUUAUUUCUGCUGGAAAUUUUGCAAGACAACUGCAUUGAGUAACAUUUAGCAAGGUAUCUAAUGUAA